CCGUUUUGUGAUCCCAACGCGAGCAGUAGUAUUCCGGCGCAUUUUGGCUUUGACCCAUACCAAAUCGUAGCUCGAUUCAUGAUACCCAUCCUUGUUUGAAGCUAGAAUUAAGUUACCCAUUACUUUUCGGUAUCGAACCAGCAAGCUCGAAGCUUCUUGGACCCGGAUUCGGAAGCUCAAGCCUUCUCGACGUUGACCCACUUCUAACCUAAGAGGUUUUGGUGUGAGUCAGCAGGGAAGUCGUAAUCUUAGUUCCUAGAUUUGGUGAUCAUGGGAGGUCAUGGAGGUCUGAAUAUUCUUCCUCAAAAGCGAUGGAAUGUGUACAACUACGAGAACAGGGAGAAAGUGCGGCGAGAUGAAGAAGCCGCAGCAAAAGAAGAACAGCUUAAACGCGAGCAGGCAAGGAAACGGGAUGCCGAGUAUCGUCUUGAGCAGCUUCGUACUGCACGGGGUUUAGCUCCAGUGAAUGACGUUGCGAGGCCUCUAGAAUCAGACCUGAAACCUGGUCACAUAAAUCUAUUUGAAGGAAUCAAGAUUUUUGAUCCAAUUAAUGGUUCAGAGAACAGAGUUGAAGAUGGAUCUAAGAAGAAGAGGAUGAAGAAGGAAGAAGUGGAAAAAAAGGUUAUCACAGCUGAAGACGAGAAGUAUAAGUUAGGUUAUGGUGUUGCUGGAAAAGGAGUCAAGUUGCCAUGGUACCUUGAGAGGCCUAUGGAUGAUUCUGAUAGCGAUGAAAAUGACAGUUCAUCGAGAGUGGUGAGUGGGGAUGUAAAAAAAGGAGAAAAGAAAACCUUGGAAGAACUGAGAGCCGAGCGUUUGAGGCGAGAGCAGAAGGAGAAGGGAAGGGAGCGUGCUCUAAUUGCAGAGAGAAGCCGGAAGAUCGGGUCAGCUUUUAGAGAAGGAGAUUCAUCAUCCAGGAGGUGGAAAUCCAGACGAUAAGGACACAUAUCCUCAGGAUUAUGAUAUCAUCUUGGUUUUAGCUUGCAGUUUUUGAAGAAUGCUGACUUCCAGUAUAUUGAGAUGAUCUUUUGAAGUGCAAAUUCUAAGCGUAAAAUGUUAUUUGCAUCUUAUAAUGGUGUGAUGCAUUUCAAUGCUCUUAAAUGAAGAUCCCAGGGAAUUGUUUAUGUUCAAAGCCCUCCUGAAAAUUUUGAUACUCUUUGGGUGAAAUUUAUGUGGGCCUUGUGGAAUAUGUAAUUUGCAGUUCGUGCGGACAAAUAUGUUCUCAACUCUCUACUGGAAUCCAUUGUACUAUUCUCAUAUGUAAGUGAAAACUGAUCCGAGUUUGUCAAAAAUUUCAAACUUCAUCAUUUGUUUUUA